UUUGUCAGUGGCAACACUGGCCCCAGCCUUGUAAUAUGGCCGCUACAGGCAAGAAAUCCAAGAAAACAAAAUGGAUAAAAGCAGACGCCACAAACUUCAUUGCGGAGUCCACUACAAUCCCUACUUCGAACAAUUGGGCCGAUUCUGUAGAUGAAGAACAAAGCACUUACUCGGCUUCAUCGCGGCAUCGGGCGCCCGUGGUGCUGCCGUCAGCCUCGCGAGCUGCUCGCGGAGGCCUGGCCGUCGACGAUGAGUCCAUCCCGCGGCGCCCGCCCUUCAUUGCGCACAUCUCCAACCUGCCUUAUGAUGUUGAAGAGAGCGCUAUCAUGGAGCUCUUUGCAGGACUCAAGAUCAAUAACCUGAGACUCCCGAAAGAAGGCGGUCGUCUUAAAGGCUUUGGAGAUGUAGACUUUGAAGAUAGAGAGAGUCUUGUCAGCGCUAUGAACAUGCCUGACUUGUUAGUGAGUGGAAGAAGAAUCAGAAUAGAGGUCUCUACUCAGGACAAUGACCGUCGCAUGGGCAGAGGUGGUCGGAACGAUCGGGACAGAGAAUAUGAUCCGGAGCGCACGAUGGGUGACUGGCGCUCCGGGCCGCGCGCCGUGCCCGCGAGAGAACGCGACGGGCCGCGCGACCGAGACCGGGAGCGGGACCGGGAGCGCGACCGAGAGCGAGACUCGAGUGCGGAUAACCGACCAGGCGGGUGGCGCGACGCGGAGCGGCCCGAGGCAGCGCGCGCGCCUUACGGGGGACGGGACUCUUAUGGCAGAGACCGCGACGGUGGCCGAGAGCGCGGUUAUGGUGGUCGAGAUGGUUUCCGCACAGCUGAUAGAGAAGGCGGCUUUGGAAAUCGUGAAAGCAGAGGCUUUGGCGGCAGAGGUUUUGGUGACAGGGACCGUGAUCCACCUAGAGAAGACAGCAGGCCCCGUGAGCGUCCCAAGCUGAACCUGCUCCCGCGCACUGUGCCCCGGGAGCUGGAGACGCCCACGAAGCCCGCGGACGGAGCGCCCUUGGAAGAGAAGGCUCCUGAGAAGAGCGUGCCCAAGCCCGUCCCAGCUGAGAAGGUGUUCGGAGCUGCCAAACCUGUCGACACAGCGGCUAAGGAACGAGAAAUAGAGGAGCGGCUAAGAAAGCAAGAGGAAGAAGCUAGGAAAGCUGCAGAGGAGAAAGAGCGCUGGGGUCGUAGGAAUGAUCAUUCAGGAGAUCGUCGUCCUGCCCCAAGACGUGAUGAUCGCGAUCGCGGCAGAGACUCGCGGAGCUACAACCGAGAUAGGCGCGACGACGACAGACGCGACUACUCCACCGACAGAGACAGGCGCGAUUAUUCCCGAGACGACAAGGACCGACGCGACCGAGACGAUCGCCGCGAUUGGGACGACAAAGACCGACGCGACAGGGACGAUCGAGACAGACGCGACAGGGACGAUAGGGACCGACGCGACAGGGACGAUAGAGACCGACGCGAUAGGGACGAUAGAGAUCGGCGCGAUGGGGACGAUAGAGACCGGCGCGACAGGGAUGAUAGAGAUCGACGCGACGGGGAUGAUAGAGACCGACGCGACGGGGAUGAUAGAAACCGACGCGACGGCGACGACAGGGACAGGCGCGACGACAGAGACAGACGCGAUGACAGGGAUGAUUACAAGGACGAUAGACGCGAUAGCAGGGACCGCGACAGUAGGGACGACAGACGCGACCGGUACGAGGACAGGCGCGACAGGGUCGACGAUGAUAGGAGAGACUCGUCGCGGGACAAACGCUCUCGAGACACGUCGCGGGAGAUACAAGACGAGCAGGCGCAGCGCAACGGUCGCCACAGUCGCAGCCGCGACAGACACGAGCCCGACGAUAAACCCAUGCCCAAGUUGAAAGAGCAAGAGAAACCGAACUUUGUAGCAUCAAACAAAUUCAGCUUCCUCGAGGACGCCGACGACGGCGGCUCGGACUAGCGCGGCGAGAUCUACAGACGCGCUUAAAACAGUUGAUUACUAAAUAAUAUUUAACAGUCGGUUUACUGUGACUCGAGUGUGAAGUGAAAAAAUUGCGAGUAACAAGUGUUUAACGUUUAAAAAAAAACUGUUCAGAGACUGUGCUAUAUGAUAUAGAACUCAUUUAGUCUCAAUAUAUAAGUGCGGUGUGUGCUUGGGUGAAUGCUGACACUGCUUAGGCGGUGGCCCCAGCCUAUACUGUGACUGGAGAGUUACGAUUUCCUUGUAACAAUUGCUGCAGUAAAUCCAUGUAUGUAUUCUGCAAAUAAACUUGAUCUAUACUCAAUACUUGUUAUAAGCGGCUAAAGUUUCUGUUCGUCGCCGAUAACUCAUUGGUUGCGCGUACUGGCCAAUGGGGUGAAGUUGUCAAGUUUAAUGGAUCAAAGCGAAGCUUGGCUGGGUAUAGCGAAGCAUGUAUAUUUAGUUUUAGUGGCGACAACAUUUAAUUAAAAUCUCAUUCCUUACUUUGAUAAAAGGUAAAUAAAUGUUUGCUCUUAAUAAAAAUAUUCACAUUCAGAAAUCAAUCUUAGCAAGAAAUCAAGUGAACAUACACAAAAGUUCAUUAUUAUUUAUUGUAAUAGAAUUAGGACUUUCUAUCGAUAAUAAUAAUAUUCUGCAAAGCACCUAUAAGAAUCUCUAAUAUUCUGUUUGUACCAGAUUAAUACAUACAUACUCACAACUUGUUUUUUUUUACAAACAAUAUUUAUAUUGAUUAAUUUUAUUUAUGUGUGAUUUGCAAGUGUUCAAGAGAUGUUCCUAUUUUUUCUCGAGUUGAUGAAUUUAUUGAAUAUUUUUACAUUAUUUACUGGACUAUUAUGAAAAAUAUACAUGAGUUAUUUUGAACUUUUGCACAAUUCAUUGCAUGUACUGUAGUGAUGUAUUUUGACUACCUUAUCUAUUUUUUAAUCUGUGACUCUAUUUAGUUGUCAUUUGUCAAUACGACGUACAUAGCUGUCACAGUGUAGGCUGGGGCUUGCAACCUUGUACUGAUUGGUGUAAAUUUUUCUAUGGGUUUGUUACAUUGUAAUAAAUAUAAGUGGGGUUGAAUGGGAAUGAUCAGCCGUUGGACUGGCAGUUGGCACACUUAUAGGGGUUGCUAUACACAGAACAGGGUUUCAAUUGUGUUAUAAAAAAAAAAAAAAUUACCUCAUUGGAUGAUUUAGACCAACAUUUGGGUCCCUAUUCAGACCCUAUUUAUAAACUAUAAACCCUGUCUAUAAACUCUCAGUAGAAGCCUAGAGUGGAUACAGCUUCAAACCUCAGAGGUGACGUAAAAUCUGAUUUUCUUGAUGUACAGAGUGUGCCUGUCUUCUUAACUAUAAACUUGUGCAUUAUGUUAUUCUAUAUAAAUAAUAAAACUAUACUGAUAAUAAAACUGUAACAGGUCAAAUUGUGUACAUUGAAGUAAUUUUAAAAAUUUUUGUUGGAGGACAUUAUAUAAUCAAUACCGAAGCCAAAAAUAUUUUUUUUCGAUUUUUUUGUCUGUCUGUCUGUCCAUGAUUUUCUUGGCCGGGCAUCACGCUGAAACUACAUAUGACUUCAAAUGAAACUUGGCACAGUUUAAGACGGAGAAGGUUCUAGGAUACUUUUUAUUGCGAAAAUAAAAUAAAAAGGGGUUAAAAGUUUUUUGGAAAGUCCUUCAUUUUUAGAGUUAUAGUUUUAAAAAUUAGAUCAUAAAUUGUAACAAAAAAUACGAAAUUCAAGAAUGUGAUUCAAAAAUUUUUAAAAUUCAACCCCUAAAGUGGUGAAAUAGCGUUUAAAAGUUUACAUUGAUUUCCACGCGGGCGUCCGCUAGUAGAGAAUAAAAUUGCCAACUGUGGCUGAAAAAUAAGUCCAUAAAAUAAAAAUUGUCAAAUUGAUUUGUGUAUAGCAACCCUUAUCCACCCGACGAUACCAUGCGAUGAUUAUUGUGUAUAAUCAUUGUAGUAUUUUAACUAUUGGAAAUACAAAUCUCGCAAUUGCCUGGUUUUAAAAAAUCGUGUGGUGUCUGUUCAGGUGAGGUGUAUGUUUAUUCAUAAAUAGUUUUUGCAUUGAACUGGGGCCAUGGUUCUCUGUGAUGCUGAAGUCGCAAAUACCUUUUGUGACGUCACAUUUGCCACUUGUAGUACCACAAACUUUAACUAGCCUGGUGAGGGUCACACUUCGCGUUUUUAGUAUAAUGUUUGUCAAAAUGGCGACCGCAGCGAUUUUAGUUUUGACCACUAGGUCAAAAAAGUUCGUGGUACUAUCUAGGGGAGGGGUAAAAAAAUUGAUGUCAAAAACUGCAGUUACGAUUUCAAUGUCACAUUGAAUAAAGGGGCCUGAAUUACUUGGUACAGGUGCUCUCAUUUAUGUAUAAUGCUUUUGUGAAUAAUUAUUUUUUUUUUGUUUAAUUUUUAAUAGACAUUGAUUCGGGUAAUAUGAAUUUAUCAAUUGUGAAACAUUUCAAUGCCACCACAGGAAAUCUAUGAUUCUUUUUUAUUAUUUUAAUUUUAGAACAUGUCUAUACCUAAAUAUUUAGUCGAUUUAGAAUAAUUAUUAGGAAGUUAAUUGUAUUAUUUAAUGUUACACAUCGUUCAUGUGCUAUCACGGGCGCAAUGUUUGGUAUACGCAUACCACCAUAUUGCGCCUGCAUAUUGAUAAAAAAAAAUGUUAUUUAUAGAAAUUGGAAGUACCUAAUGAAACCAAUUAGGUCCGGUCACAAGAUGUACUGCUGUUCUAAAGUAUAUCAAUAUAUUUUUUUUUGUUUGUAAAAUGUUCAGAAUUCGUUUGGGUACAUAUUGUCUUGAUUGUGAAUUAUAAAUAAAUUACUCUUUUACAGCCAA